GAAAAGAAAGAAAACAAUGGAAAUUAUUUUCUACAAAGAGUUCAUUUUCCCAUUUUGACCUAAUAAUAACUAACUACGAUAUAUAACCCUGUUUCAAAAAAACCCGAGAUUCAUAGCUUACACUCGCAUGGCGGAGUGCAUCUUCGAACAGCUCAAAUCCCAGCCGACAUGGCUUCUCCUCCUCCUAUCACUAUCCACCUUCUCCCUCCUCAAGCUCUCAAUCUCGAUCCUCAAAUGGGUCUACGUCAAUUUCCUCCGACCCGGCAAAAACCUCAGGAAAUACGGCGCGUGGGCUUUAAUCACGGGCCCCACCGACGGCAUCGGCAAAGCCUUCGCCUUUCAGCUCGCGAGGAAAGGGCUGAACUUGGUCCUGGUCGGGCGUAACCCGGAGAAGCUCAACGAGGUCUCGGAGUCCAUCAAAUCCAAAUACGGGUCGACCCAGAUCAAGAACGUGGUGGUGGAUUUUUCUGGGGAUCUGGAUGACGGCGUCUCGAGGAUUGAGAAUGCCAUCGAGGGUUUGGAUGUUGGGGUUCUGAUUAACAACGUUGGCAUGUCGUAUCCGUACGCGAGGUUCUUGCACGAGGUGGAUGACAAGCUUUUGAGCGAUUUGAUUAAGGUAAACGUCGAGGGUACCACUAAAGUGACCCGAGCUAUCUUGCCGGGGAUGGUGAAGAGGAAAAAGGGGGCUAUUGUGAAUAUUGGAUCCGGUGCUGCUUUUGUCAUUCCAUCUGAUCCACUUUAUUCGGUUUAUGCUGCUACAAAAGCAUAUGUGGACCAAUUCUCUCGAUGCCUCUAUGUGGAGUACAAGAAUAGUGGGAUUGAUGUGCAGUGCCAGGUACCAUUAUACGUGGCAACAAAGAUGGCAUCCAUCAAAAGAUCGUCAUUUUUUGUCCCGUCAACCGACGGCUAUGCUCGUGCGGGACUAAGGUGGAUAGGCUACGAACCUCGGUGCACUCCUUAUUGGCCACAUUCCAUCUUAUGGGCUUUGGCAAAAACUUUGCCAGAAUGGGUUCUGCCUUGGCAUUCGCAAGAGAGGACAGCUAAAGGACUCGAGGAAGAAGGAAUAGAACAAAAAGACCUACUAACAUCAAUUUUUUCACCUGGCUGGGGUUUUGAUAAUGCUAUGGCAUUCUUGAAUCGACGUUUGCAGAUGGAAAUCGUAUCAACGGGCGGGAAAAGGCCCGUCGCUAUUGCCGGGUUUUUGUCUGAGGAUUACUCGUUACCAAGAAAAAGACAACCUGUUAACAAUGAGCUCGAACAUUGAGUUCGAUCAAAUUAGGUUUAUAUAUACUGUGUAAAUUAUUUUCAUUUAUUUUCUUUAGAAAUAUAUAGUUCUCUUUUUUUUUCUUUUUUCUUUUUGAGAAUGUCUGCACUCUGCAACUCAGAAAACUUCACUAUUAUAUGAUGUCCUGAGGCUGAGAAUUGUGA